AUGAAGGGCGCCUGUGCCAAAAACGUGGAAUUGUUCCAAGUCAUGGGCUUCAAGUGCAUCCUUCGACCACGAGUCUGUAGCCGUGGGUUCCAGAAAACGUGCUCUCAUCCUCCAUGCAGCGCUUCUAGCCGCGCGAACGUGGACGGCGUGUACAGUGUGAAUGCCGAACUGUCGCCUUAUGCUUACAUCUACCCAACGUCUGCGGAUGAGGAUCCUAUGGGGUCGCUGUUUUUGGGCCGGAAGAUUUCAAGUGAAAAUCCCCCCGGAAUCAACUCCCGCAUAGGUACGAUUGAUCAGGCACCAUUAGCCUGGGAUUUACCCAUAUUUUAA